AUGGACAAUCUUACUGAAGCUCACUUCCAGGAAGUCAAUGGCGAACUGGUUAACCAUCGGGUCUUACAGUGGACAGAUUUCAUUGAGUCUUGUGACCUAAGCGACCCUAAUACAGCAAUUCAUUCACCCUCAAAGGUUAGUGCCGAUGGGUAUGAGACCUCAAAUGAUUCGUUCUAUACAGCCAGUGAUGGAGAGUCAGAUGCAUCAAGUGCGACUCUCGGACGAUCAACUGAGCUUUUUGAGCCCGUGAUAUCUGAGUAUCUUAUUGACACCCCGCAGCAGCAGACCCGUGAGGACGCAAUUGCAACAGUAAACCCGCACCCGUUCCUAACAAUCAACGCGAACUACGCCAGAGAAGCUAUUUACAUCUAUGAAAUGAUGAAAGAAGGUGUCAUGGACGACCAAUGGAAUAUGAGCUCCUGUGUCCUCACGCGCGAACUCUACUCUGAUAAUCCAGCUUUUUCGUUAGAUCGCGUCGGCUGGCACUGUCUGAUCGAUCAUGAUCCAGAUGGCGUUUUGGAGGGCGAGGUUGUGGUUCUAUUCAUGCCUGAUAGCGACUUUGUCGAGAAGAUCAAUCAAGGAGAAGUCGUCUUUGACGAAGCUAUUGAUAAGAAGCCAGCUUCACUUGUCAUGCAGGUAGUCAAGCCUGACUUUUAUGGCCCUGAAAAAAGACUUGCUGGUCGAGUCUUGGCUUGGAAGGUCUGUGGUUCUGUGGAUUCUGUGUGGAUGGAUCGUCACGGUCAUCCUAUCGACCGAGGUGCCACAAAGGUAAUCCCCAACAUCAUUCACCUGCUCAAUCGCCAUCUCAUCCUCCAAAUCUCUCAUCUUGCGCUCGAGAUCACCAUACAUCUUCUGGGCCCUGAGAGCCUCGUCGCGCUGCAUUUUGGCCUCCCACAUACGUCCAAUCGAAGUGACUCGUGCCUUUGCAGUUUCCACCAGUUCAAAUGCGACCUGUUCGAAGUCGCGAGCGGUGUCAAUCUCAUUGAUGAGGUCGGUAUCCCGAACGAGGGCGUUCUGGCAAUCUCUCAAUCGUAUGAACACCGCCCUCGCAGUAGCAACAGUCAAAUGAAGCUGAGGAGGCCCAGCCGCGACCAAGCGGUUCUUCGUUUUGAGCUCAAGAUCCUGCUGAACAGCGACACGCAAAACACCGCCAGGUUGCUAGACUGA